CUCUCUCUCUCUCUCUCUCUCUCUCUCUCUCAUAUGUUUCAUAGUUCUGUUUACCUCAUAGGAACUUGGUUUGUUUGCUAGGUUUCCUUGUACUUAUGUGUGUGGAUUUUCCUGAAUUGGUUUGGCGUUUAGAAUUAUCAAAACAAUUCUUUGCUUUCAAACUUGAAGCAGCUGAUUGGUAAGACUUAAAGGUUUGGAGUCUCUUUAGAAAUUUAUACUACUACUUUUGCCCUUUUUGUUGUCUUUUUUACCCUUCAUUCUUGUUUUUAUUUAUUUAUUUAUUAUCUUUAAGUACUUCUCUAGGGUUUGGCAUAAAGGUGAAGAGGAAUAUUAAUUUUUGCAUCAUCAACAGAGGCCAGUACUCCCAGGGAGAGAGAGAGAGAGAGAGAGAGAGAGAGAGAGAGAAGCUUUAAAUAUGUUUCCUUAAUAGGUAUCAUCUGUUUUCUCUUUUCGUUGGUGUACCCAAAAUUAGGGUUUUUUGCCUUUAGAUCUAGCUAGUGGACAUGCUCACAUGCUGCACCACUGAUGAGUCAAGAUUUUGAAAAAGGGUUGAUUUCUGAUGGCUCGUGAAUAGUGAAUCUUGGAGUUUGUUUCUGUCCUCAUAUCAAGAGAGAGAGAGAGAGAGAGAGAGAGAGAGAUAGAGAGAUGAUGAUGAAUGGUGUGAUGAUAUUAGAAGACAACAUGUCACAAUUGACAUCUGGGGUAUCAAAUGAAGCUGUAAGCAUAUCUUCAACUAGCAGAAAUGAAUUAGUAGCUGGUGCUAGUACUUUGUACUCACAACAACCACCUUUUGCAAUAUCACCAAAUCAACUACCACCUCCCAAGAAGAAGAGGAAUCUCCCAGGCAAUCCAGACCCAGAUGCAGAAGUGGUGGCUUUAUCCCCUAAAACCCUAAUAACAACCAACAGAUUCCUAUGUGAGAUUUGCAACAAAGGUUUCCAAAGAGAUCAAAACCUCCAGUUGCACAGAAGAGGGCAUAAUUUGCCAUGGAAAUUGAAGCAAAGAUCAAACAAGGAGGUAGUGAAGAGGAAGGUUUAUAUAUGCCCAGAGCCCACAUGUGUGCACCAUGACCCAUCAAGGGCACUUGGGGACUUGACUGGGGUCAAGAAGCACUUUUUCAGAAAGCAUGGGGAGAAGAAAUGGAAGUGUGAAAAGUGCUCAAAGAGAUAUGCUGUUCAGUCGGAUUGGAAAACCCAUUCCAAGAUUUGUGGCACCAGAGAGUAUAGAUGUGAUUGUGGUACCCUUUUCUCAAGGAGGGACAGUUUCAUCACCCACAGAGCCUUUUGUGAUGCUUUAGCACAAGAAACAACUACUGCAAGAGGAACAACAAAUCUAGCCAUCAGCACACCAAACCCCAUUCUCUCCUCCCACAACAAUUUCAACCUUCACAACAACAACUUCUUCCAACUCAAAACAGAACCAGAGUACCAAAAUAGCUUCAACCUAAUCACUAGUAGUCCACAUCUUCUUCCUCCAUGGCUAACCAAUCCAAACCCUGUGGACCUAUCCACCCAUUUAUUCUCCCCUCCAAGGGUAGACUCAGUACACCACCACCACCACCACUCAACAUUCAACCACAUGCACAAUCAUCAAAACCCUAACCCUAGCUCUACUUCUACCCGUACCCCACCAUCACUUGUUCCCUCAUUUCAACCUCCUCUACUUCCACCCCACAUGUCAGCCACAGCACUGCUGCAAAAAGCAGCUCAAAUGGGUGUCAAAAUUAGCAACCCUUCAGAUCCAUCAUCAGAUCAUGACAGCAUUCUGAUCAGUAGACCCCACCAAGCAGCUCACAUGAUGAUGAGUACUACUACUACUCCUACUGCACCAUCAACCGCAUGGACUAGGGGGUUCUGCUCUGCUGUCGCUGGUGCAUCUUUGGCAUCUUCUGCAGCUGGCUCUUGUCUGGGUUUUGUUCCCUCCACACGUGAAGAGAGAGGAGGAGGCCUGGGGGAAAGAGGGUUUGUUCUCAGUACCUCCGGUUGCAUGGAACAAGUUGGUGCAACUACUACUGCUACUUCUAUGAUGAAGACUUCUUGUUCUUCUUCUUCUUUGACUUGUGGAGGAAGUGGGUUUCAUGGGUCAUCUUCAUCUUUUGAAGAGGCUUUGAUGAAUGGGAUGUUGAAUCAUAAAAUGGGCGGCGGCAGUAGCGGUAACGGUAGCGGUGGCAAUGAUGGUUUGACUAGAGACUUUUUGGGUCUCAGGGCGCCCUCUUUUCCAAACAUGUCUGGGUUUGACCACAUGAGCUCUUCCUCUUCUUCGUAUGAGAAGUUGACCCAGAACCAAACACCAUGGCAAGGUUAGCUUAGCAUUUAUUGGUGUAUUUACGGCAAUAUUGUUUGUUUCUUGUUGUAAUUCAUGAUUCUGUUCUGCGAAAUACGAAGGAUAAGGAAUUGAGAGAAAAACACUACUAUUUUGUCCUUUCAUUUAGGACUGUGAGCGAUUGUAUUUAUCUCGUUUGCCUUCUGGUUUUCUUUCGCA